CCCAGCGACACCAGUUCCAUUUGCCCGUGUUUGAUCCAUAUUCCUCAAAACCUUUCCUUUGUACCUUCCAAAUGUCUUUUAAAUCGUGUUACAAUACCUGCCUCAACUUCUUCCUCUUGCAGCUUGUUCCAUACACCCACCACGAAAAAGUUGUCCUCGGGUUCCUCCUAAACCUUUCCCCACUUACUUUAAACCUAUGCCGUCUAAUUUUUGAUGCCCUUAUCUUUGAUCGGACUUUGCUGGCUUUACCUUGCACUAAACGUAGCCUUCGCUCAAUAGAUGCUGCCGCACCCACUGAGUUUCUCCAGCAAUUUUGCCAAGUCUGCCUUCGAUUUUCCAGCAUCUGCAGUUCCUUGUUGAACAUUCCCUUAUCAUGUAUCUGUACGCUGUGCAUGGAUCGAUUGUAAUCAUGCUGACCCGAGGUUAGCGCGCAACAAAAGCUUUUCACUGUACCUCGAGUAUACCGGACGAUAAACUAAACUGAACUGAAACUGAACAGAAAUUCAAACCAUUGGAAUAAUUUACUUCCUUUCUUCUAGGCAAAUCAUCGACCACAUCGAAUGCAAAGGAUCCAGGAAUUGUUGAAAACGAAUCCUUGCCAUCAAAAGAAACCACAACCGAGGCAGUUGAAACGCCUGGCUCCAUUUCACACACAUUUGAACCCAAAUUCACCGACAACCAUACAAGCUUUUCUGCAAUCACAGCUAACAACACGAUUGAAUCUGUUCCGCCAACCAUGGCAACAUUACCCAGUGUAAGUGGUGCAGAAGCUAAGGAGGACUUCACCAACAAAACUGCUGCUUCAAAAAUGAGCAUCGACUCCAGUGCUGAUGCUAUCGAAAACACGAUUUACACGACGAAACCUGAAACUGGGGAUGACCAGACAACGAGUACCAUUUACCGACCAGCAAACAGCCUCAGCAAUGCAUCUGCUCCUGAAACUUCGGGCAACCGCGUCAAUGUGACCCUGCCUACUGAUACAACCGAGAUGGAAGCCAGCAACUAUUCUUCUCCUGUGGGAAAUUACACAAUUGCUGCCACUCCAGAAACUGAAGCCAUGCAGCUGAGAGUACCCACUUCCGCAGCCGGAGAUAUGUACAACAAUGCAACCGAUCUUCAAACGAAUGUGCUCCAUCCUGUCACUAGCGCGCCCGACGCCAAUGCAACAAAUCCCGAUGCAGGAGUGCUUCGCAACAAUGCAAACAAACCUGAGGCUGGAAAAGGCAGCAACAAUGCAAGCAAUGCAAGCAAUCCUGAAUCGCAGGCCACUACGGCCAACGUAACAUUUCCCCAAGCUGACAGAACCCACACGCCUCUGAGGAAUAGUUCAGAAAAUUCCAACUCCUCUCCUGCAACAACACUCACGGGCAACGACACGGGCUCCGUGUCCCUUGAACGUCGCAGCAUUGCCCCUCGCUGGACAGCUGCCGGCUCUCGCAACGCGGGUUCAGAGACAAACGCCAGGGAAAUGGCGAGAAGGGGCAGCAAUGCCAACAGUUCCAAAGCUGCGGCAGUCAACACCAUCGCGUCGGCCCGCCCCGCCUUUGGCGGCCACACAAACGGCAGCUUCCCCCACAUCACGGGAAAUGGACCCAUCCCAACAACUGCUGAAACGCAGGACACACAGAGCAAUGCAACCGGGCUGGGCAUGCAGGGCACCAACCACCAUUUGGUGGACAGUGUGGGGGAUGGCACAGCUGGGACGAGGAGCAGUGCUUCCUGCAAUUCCUCUACCUUGCAAAAUAGCAGCCUUGUGACUGCAGCCAAUACUCAAACCACCGUCAAUGCGGUUGCUUCUGAAAGCGGGAGCACCAGACCACAUGCUCCCACAGCUACACCAGUUCCCAAAACUAGGAGCACAGAGGUUGACCCAGCAGCAUCCGAACAGAGGGACCUGCGUGGCCCUCAUGCACUCACUGGUUACAGAACGGGGAACCAUGCCACUCUGGUCAUUUGGGGUGCUGAAAGAGUCAACACCAAUAUGACUUUUCGUGAAGCUCGGCAAACGAUCCUGGGCCGUAAAACUACUGUGGAAACUUUGGCGACAGUCUCAAAUGAAUUGAGACCACCCAGUCUCGUCACUGCCUUGUCUCCCGAAGAGUCAAGGAAGACAGUUCUAAUUAAGAUCACCCCCAGGUCUGUGCAAACCACCACCAAGAGGGUCAGGCACACUAAUAUAACCGCUCCUGGGAAGAAGAAAACACACACAUCUAGUCGAGAAAAGAGUGGAGCCCAGCCUAAAAUCAGUGAAGCCCACGCAAGGGGAACUAGAACAGAAACUAUACCUGACCCGAACAUCGCCGUCACCAGUGCAACUCCUGAAACAAGUGUUGUUGUAAUUAAUACAACUGCUGGAAAUAAUGUCACUCGCCAUGAUGCAAUAGGUGGUGAAAGUAGUGUUGCCCACGCAACUACAACUGCCCCUGACCGUAAUAGAACAGCCCCAAAUACUGUGGGGAUUUAUACCAAGGUAAUACUAAAUACAACUGUUAGCACUGAGGCCAACACAACGGCUUCUGAAUCCAGAGACACCAACCCUCAUGUGAAUAUUGACAGUGAGUCAACUGUUCAGGAAACAGACAGUAUUAACACCAAUACAACAGACAUUGAACCUGGGACAGCAGAUAGGAUUGACCCAGGCACAUUGGGAUGUGAGGCUGGAGCUAUAGAAAUCAAUGCCAGUCAGAUAAUUAAUGGCAACUCUACAGCGUCUAAACCAAGUGUCAUCCACUCCAAAGCAAAAAGCUGUGCAGGUAACAUUCCCCCCACCAAUACAACUGCGAGUAAUAUCAGCGUCGCAGGCUCAAAUGUGUCUGUUUCUGAUAUUAACAUCACUCAUACAAACCACACUUAUAACAAAACAGAAAUUCCUGAAAUUAGUGCCAACCACACAAGAGUAGCUACCAUUGACGUUAAUGUCACCCACACCAAUGAAAAUAUUUCUUAUACUAGUGUUGCUCCUACUAAUUCAUCUGCCCCUGAAGUUAAUGCCACCCAGACACAUGCAAUUGCUCCUGGAUCCAGCAUCACUCACAAUCCAGCUGCUAAUGAAACCAUCACCAGCUUCAAUGCUACUGCUCCUGAAACCCUAGUCCCCAACACCAUUAAAAUGCCUGUUGAACCAAACAUGAUGCACACUAAUGGAACUGACGCUGUACUUAUCCAUUCCAGCCCAACCCCUCCCGAUACAAGCUUUAACCACACCAAUGCAAGUGUCCUUCAGGCCAACAUCACCCACACCACUACGAAUACUACUGAAGCUACUAUCACCAAUACCAAUACAACUACACAUGAUGGCAACACCACCCACAGUAAUACAACGACCUCUGAUACUGACGCCACCCAUAGUAAUACAUCUGCCUCUAAUACUGACACUGCCCACAGUAAUACAACAGCCCCUGAUACCAACACCACCCAUAGUAACACAACACCUGAUACAGACACCACUCAUAAUACAGCUCCUGAUACUGAUACCACCCAUAGUAACACAACGGCCUCUGAUACUAACACUACCCAUAGUAAUACAACAUUUGAUACCAACACCCCCCAUAGUAAUACAACAUUUGAUACCAACACUCCCCAUAGUAAUACAACAUUUGAUACCAACACUCCCCAUAGUAAUACAACAUUUGAUACCAACACCACCCACAGUAAUACAACAUUUGAUACCAACACCCCCCAUAGUAAUACAACAUUUGAUACCAACACCACCCACAGUAAUGGAAGAGCCUCUGAUACUGAAACCAACCAGAGUAAUACAACGGCCACUGAUACUGAAACUACCCAUUGUAAUACAACAGCACUUGAUACCGAAACCGCCCAUAGUAAUAUUACCACACCUGAUACUGACACCACCCAUAGCAAUACAAAUGUCCCUGAUACUGAAACCAACCGUACCAAUACUACAGCUCUCGAAACUAGUUUUAUUCAGACCAAUGUAACAGAUCCUGCAACUAUAGUAACCCAGACUGAUGGAAAAGCUGAUGAUCUCAUUGUCAGCGUGACCCCUCUUGUAAACAGCACUGCCCACAUCAAUGGGAAUUCUACUGAAAUGGGAGACCAUCACAACGGGGCAGCUGCUGGCGAAAUGAGUUUCAUCCACACUAACGCCACUGCUCUUGAAUCUAGUGAUCACCAUGUCAAUGCAAUGGCUCCUGAAAUGAAUGCAAUGCAAAAUAAUGCAAGUGCUAAGGAUACUAAUGUCACCCACACCAAUUCUUCUGAUCCUGACAUUAGCAUUACGCACAGCAAUACAUCCUCAAGUGAAUCUCAAAGUCAGAACCAUGCAGCAAAAAGUGAAAGCAAUGCAAAUGCUGAAAGUAACCAGCUUCAAAGCAAAGCACUUGUUUUCAAUAAUAGUACCACCUCUGCCAAUGCAAGCAGUCCUAAAAUUACCAAUGCAAGUAAAGUUGAAACUAUCACCAGCAACAAUCCAAUGCCAGAAACUAAUGCACCCCACAGUAAUGCAUCAGCUCCUGAAACUAAUGUCUCCCACAGCUAUGCACCUGAUAAAGGGCUCACUCCCAUCAAUGUAAGCUCUCUUGAGAUCGGCAGUCCGCAGACCAAUGCAUCAGCUUUUGAUUCCAAUGUCAUUGAUGCUGAUGCAGCUGUUAUUAAGACCAAAUCCUCUCACAGUAACGUAACCAGUGAAAUGAAUAUCCAAGACAUCAACACAAGUUCUCCUGAAGCUAUCAGUCCUGACAGGAAUGGAACUGCUACUAAAGUUACCAUCUAUGGCGCUACUGUAACAGUUCUUGAAACUAGUAUCACUUUCCUUAAUACAACGUCUUCUGAAAUGAAUAUCACACACACCGAUGUAACAGGUCCAAAAAAUAGCAUCGCAUGCACAGGAGGUGAAAUGAGCAUUAAUGCAACCUUUCUUGAUGCUAAUGUCACCCACACCAAUGCAACCAGUUCUGAAUCUUGUAUCGUGCGCCCCAGUGCAACUGAUCCUGAAACCACUUCCAUCCAGAUUCACGUGAUUGCUCAGGAAACUGGGUUCAACCACAGCAACACAACAGCUCCUGAAAGUAAGAACGCCUUUGUCAAGAUGCGUGCCCCUGACAUUAAGGACCUUGAGGUUCCUGGUGAAAUGGCUGACAUUAACAACCGACUGGCAGCUGUUGACCCAAAAGAAGUUGGUGCGAAUAAAACGGCCUCGGUUCCUUUGAGUAGAACGUCUAAUACAUCAUCCCCUGAAACUAUGGACCAUGAGCUCAGUACCACAGAUCAAAGGACGGAGUAUAUGGACAUUAAUGCGAAGGUUCGUGAAAGUUUUAGCAUCGACAGCAAUGCAGUAGAUGUUGAAGUCAGGGACCCUUCCUCAUACGUGAAAUUUCACGACAUUCUCAGUGACCACAGGAACACCAGCAUCCGUCUAAUUAUGAACAACCUCAUCACCUUCAUUGGUCAGAAUUCAAGGGAAGCCAGGCCCAACGUGACCACACUGGAUUUGCAGUAUACAAGCCCGGUGCAAGCAGGACAUAAAGCUGCAGCCGUCCAAAUCUAUGCAAGCACCACUGAGACCGAGGGCUCCAGUCCAAAGUCGACUACCCCAGAAACUAGAGAUAAUAGCAUUUCCAUUGCUCCUGAGGCAACGGACGAUGAGCUGGUGGGAACCAAUACCUUAGCGGCUCGUGCAACCAGAAACAUUCGCAAAGGAUUAAGUGCCGUAGGCAUUGAUAGCAAUAGGGCUAUCCGUGCAAUUAAAGACAAUAUCGCUGAAGUAAUCACUCUUGCAACUAGCGAGACCAAGAUCAAUUCAACUUCUCGUAAGGCUGCAAACACCAUCACAAAUUCAACUUGUUCUAAAGAAGCAAACAAAACCACCCCGGAAUCUAUGAAUAAUGCCACCAAUAGUGAUCCCCAGCCAAACCCAUACGCUGUGCCACCUGCAGGUAAUGACACUGCUGUGGUCAUACCUGCCACCACAGAGCCACCAGUUAACACCAUCAAUGCAUCUGCAGUUGACACUCUGCCUGGUACAAUCGACAGAGCUUCUUCACAGAUGAAGGACGUUUCGUUCAAUGCAACCAUCGUGGAAACCAUAAGCAAUUGCAGUGGUUCAAGCCUGAUUGAAACUAUUGGCUUUGUAGCAUCUAAAAACAUGAGUGCAAACAUGUCUAUAGGCACCAACACCAAUGUAACUGUUGUGAAGUCGAUGGGCAUCAACGCUAACCGAACCACUGCUGAACCUGCGGGGAUCAGCAAUGAUACAAUGAUAUCUGGCGCCCCAUGCACGCAGCCCAAAACACCAAUGACAGACACCAUAGACAGUGACACUGGCGUAAACAGUCCUAUUACAAUGGACAAUAACCCGAAAAGUACAGCCAGUGGGACGAAUUCCACCACUCCUGGAAUUAUAGGCAUCUCCACUAACAUAACAAUUGACCCUAUGGAUAUCAAGACCAACUCAACCAGCCCUGGAGCUAGUGAUAUCUCCGCCAACACAACUGAACCUGUGGACAUUGAGAACAAUUCAACUGCCGCUGAAACUAGUGAUAUAACCACCAACAAUACAACUGGACCUGUGGAUGUUGAGACCAAUUCAACCAGCCCAGCAACAAAUGAUAUCUCUAAUAACACAACAACUGGACCUGUGGAUGUUGAGACCAAUUCAACCAGCCCAGCAACAAAUGAUAUCUCUAACAACACAACAACUGGACCUGUGGACAUUGAAACCAACUCAACCAGACCUGGAACUAAUGAUAUAUCUAACAACACAACAACUGAACCUGUGGACAUUGAGACCAACUCAACCAGACCUAGACCUGGAGAUAUCUCCACCAACACAACAACUGAGCCUAUGGAUAUUGAGACUAACUCAACCACUCAUGGAACUAGCGGUAUCUCCACCAAUACAACAACUCCUGAAACUCUUUGCUGUGAAGACCGUGUGUGCCCCCCUCCUCCCACAUGUGAUAAACAUGGUGAGGCCCUCAUUGUAUAUGUGAACGCCAGCGAUCCCUGUUGCAAUGUCACAGUCUGCGGCCACGUGUGUUCCUUCAACAACACCUACAUGCUGCCCGGCCAAACCAUACAACACCAGGACAGCCAAAACUGUAUGACAUUCACCUGCACCAACGAGAUCAGCAGUGGUGGAUUCCUGACCCUCAACGUAUCUGUGCAGAGCUGUGAGACAGCUUGUAAACAGGGUUUUGAGUUAAGGAGGUCUAAGGACACUAAUGUAUGUUGUUCGGAAUGUGUCCAAGAAAGCUGUGUAUACACCGCGUCGCCAUCUGCUGAAGACAUAGUGAUCAAGUUGCAUCAGAAACACACAAUCAAUAACUGCACCCAUAUCAUCUGUAAGGAAUUUGAUGGUUACCUUGUCACAGAAGUGGAGUCUGCCCUUUGCCCGGAACUAGAUGAAGCAGUCUGCAGAGUGUCUGGCGGCGAGGUGGUUGACGAUACCUUCGGCUGUUGUCGAUAUUGCAUCUAUAAACAGAUGAUCUCACAGUGUGGUACGAUGAUGAAAAGCAUCAAACUGACGGAUGGGUCCUGUUCUGCACAGGUGGUCAUCACUGUUUGUGAAGGGCAGUGCUCCUCCAUCACCUGCUACAACCCAGCACUGGAGCGCAUGGCGACAGAGUGCAGCUGCUGCUUGCCCAACAUGGCCAAAUCCACGGAGGUCAUCCUGACCUGCACCAACGGCAAAACCCGCAGGCACACCAUUGCCGAGCCGGUUUCCUGCCGGUGUAGGAUGAGCAACUGCACGGAUUCGGAACUGGAGAAGUGACCGGUGCAAAAAGGUCGGACAAGGCUCCUCGUCCCGUUUAACAAAAAGGACAAAGAGAAUCUGGACAGCUGCCUGAAGGGACAGUGGCUUUCAAACGGUGUGAGUGGUAGUGAAAUCAUAGUUGCUGAAUAAAUCCGUGCUGUUCACUUUUUCUCCUCUGUGUGGUUCAGAACCAGUUUGUGAAAAAUCUAGUGACAUAGUUGCAUGACAGAUCAAAGUUUCUGAUAAAUCUUGUUCUUUUCUGGAAACAUGCCAAUCUCAGUUGGUCAAAAGUGUAAAUUUCAAUAUGUCAGCAGAGACUGACAGCCGCAGCAUAGCUCUGAGAUGGGACAUUCUAGUACCAGACGUCAUAGUUCAGCCCAGUGCAACACAGGCAGUCUGCUGGAGUAUCAUGUACAUUACAAAUAUCCCUUCACAACUGCAGUUAUGCCAGGCACUGCUUAUAUGUAGACACAAACAAAGGUGCUGGCUGGCAUGCAUAUCUACUCUGCAUCAAUAUAUAUUUGUCAAUUCCUGCUCUAUUUUGAUUUUAUGACUAAUCGACUCUAGGUUUAGGUUUUGGUUUAUUACCGUACCGAGCCACGGUGAAAAGCUUUGUUUUGCAUGGUAUCCAAUACUAUACAUAAAUACAAUCAACUCAACUAACCCUUAUGUUCCCGUUCUCCCCAUCCAUCACCCACCCGAGUCAUACCAGCUUCAAACCCCUCAGCCUGAAGAAAGGUCUCGACCCGAAACGUUCUCGACCUGAAACAUUCCUUCUCUCCAGAGAUGCUGCCUGUCCCUCUGAGUUAUUCCAGCAUUCUGUGUCUAUCUUCAAUAUAAACUGGCAUCUGCAGUUCCUUCCUAGUCAAAGUUGUCUUGUUGAGUCUCAUUGACUGUACUCGUUCUCACCUAGCACACAGCUAACCAGAGGUCACAGGUUCAAGGUGAAGGGGAAUAGAUUUAAUAGGAAUCUGAGGGGUAACCUUUUCACACAAAAGGUGGUGGGUGUAUGGAACAAGCUUCCAGAGGAGGUAGUUGAGGCAGGGACUACCCCAACAUUUAAGAACCAGUUAGACAGGUACAUGGCUAGGACAGGCUUGGAGGGAUAUGGACCAAACAAGGGCAGGUGGGACUAGUGUAGCUGCGACAUGUUGGCCAGUGUGGGCAAGUUGGGCCGAAGGGCCUGUUUCCAUGCUGUAUCACUCUAUAACUUUAUGACUAUCAAUGGCCUGUUCCCUUUAUCAUUGUUACUUUUUUUAACAUCUUACAUUCAUUUGUUCUAUAUCUCUCUACAUCACCAUCUAUAUCUCUCAUUUCCCUUUCCUCUGACUCAGUCUCUUACUCCUGUGUCUAUCUUUGGUUUAAACCAGCAUCUGCAGUUUGUUCUUACACAAAAUGGGCGAGGUUUGGCUGAAGGAAGGAUGAUGGAACUCUUGUCACCAUUUAUCAAAUAACACAAUCAGGUUUCACAGCUGCAAAAACACUUGCUUUUGUAUUUUUUAGAAUAUCCUCAGAUGAAUGUUAUAUUUUUUAAAUUUUGACCUUUUUUCGGUAGACAAGAUGAGACCUUUGUAAAAUUAAGCUGUAACGAAUGUAUUGAACAUUUAGUUUUAGUUAUGUUAAUUUCUUGAAAUAAAUUAUGUGCAACAGGAAAAUGCAUGUUUUGAAACAGAGAUGAUGGCAGGUGCCUUUAUUGUUUCUGUCGCCAACGAGUGCUCUUAAAAUGUUCAAAACCACGUGUUGCC